AUGAGCGAUCUGAUGAGAAGUCGUACUUAUAGUAAUGCUGUGACGGACGAAAACGCACAAGUGACAGACUCUUCCAACGGCAAUAAGCCGGCCAGGAGAGCCAAGACGAUGGCAGGAGCUUCGUGUGUUGAGGCACCACGCAGAGAACUUGCAGAAGUGCAAAAUUGGCAGGCUCAGGCAUCGCAGGACGAUACCAAGCUACCAGUAUUGGCUUCAACGCAGCAUUCACCAGCAUCACAAACACAACCACAUUCCCAGGAAGAGCCCCAACGAAAGAAACAGAAAAUAUACACAAGCGAUGACGAACAAGACCAGGACACCAAAGAACCACAGGAACCGAGCGUACAGAAUGUAGCAAGUCGAUCCAGACUGUUUGGAGAGUCCCUUGAUGAGAGGGAAGAAAAAGACGUUUGCAUGGUGGUGGAAUACUCAGAAGACAUAUUCGAACACCUUUACCAACGUGAGAGGCAGAUCUGCUCAUCUUACAACUACGUUAAGUCCAAAGAGUCUCCAAAAUAUCUAAGACCAUCGCUGCGAGCCAUUCUCAUCGAUUGGCUUAUAGAGGUGCAUUUGAAGUUCCAAUUGCUUCCAGAAACACUGUAUCUGGCAAUUAACAUCAUGGAUAGGUUUAUGGCUAAACGUAAAGUCUCGAUGGCCAAGUUGCAGCUUCUAGCGGUAAGCAGUUUGCUUAUUGCCGCGAAGUUCGAGGAAAUAAACCUCCCCAAACUCUCACAAUACGCAUACAUCACUGACGGCGCCUGUACUUGUCAAGACAUCAAAGAAGCAGAAAUGUACGUCCUUACAACGCUCAAUUUUGAUGUUGGCUGGCCAAAUCCGUUGAAUUUCUUGCGCAGAAUAUCCAAGGCCGAUGACUACGAUUUUAAGAUUAGAGCCGUCGCCAAAUAUUUUAUGGAAUACGCCAUGUGUUGUCCCGAAUUCGUGGACGUCAUACCAUCCCGCAUCAGCGCGCUAGCUACAUAUUGCGCCAGAGCCAGUUUGGGCAUCAAGAUAAGAUGGAACGAAGCCUCAGAGCGUUACAGCGGUGGCAUCGACCCAUUGAACGACCUAACGUUCCAAACCGAUUGCCGCACACUAAUCAAAGAAAUCCAUAAUCCAAGCACACAACUUAAAGCGCUAGAGCUCAAAUACAAGAGCAGAGCGGCAGAUAGCGUUUUUGACCCAGCGAAGGUGUGGUGCGACGUAAUCGUGGCGAGCAAUUUCGAAGGGUUGUUCUAA